ACUGCAAAGCACAAAUCCUCUUUUGAGCUCAGUGAAAUAGGUGAAUUUUUCUUGCUCCGACACGGUGAGUUGUUGAUGAACAUGCAGUCAUCUUUCUGCCUUUUUGUUCUUUCAACAGUGGCUGGAUGGGCAGCGUCUCAAGACAUGUCCUUCAGAGCUGUGGUGGGCAUUGCCAGCGGUGAGCCACAGGUGUUUGUGGGAGAGACUGUAACCCUACGCUGCAGUAUUCCUGGCAAUCUCCCGGAUCCCUGGAGAUAUCUGUGGUUCAAGGACGGGGCACCAAUUCGUCAGUACAAGUCUCUGGAUGACACAUACACACUGACUGCUUUACUCCCAAUGCAAAGUGGCAACUACAGCUGCGAGGGCACAAUGAUCACAGACUAUGGGUCUCUCCUCUCAGUACCCAGUCAGCCCCUCAGGAUAGAUGUGGAAGUGGGGAGGGUUGUUCUGCAGGCUCCACCCCAGCCUUUGCUUAUUGACGACAGCGCGACUCUGACAUGCCGUGUCCGACGCAACCCCUUUCUGACGGAGGUGGUGUUCUACAAGGACGGCACGGAACUGCAGAGAGGGAGCCAUCCAAAGCUGCACCUGCAUGACCUCAAGCUGCAAGACCAGGGAGCCUAUUGGUGCAGAGCCACUUGGGGACACAUGUCAACCUGGAAGUCAUCCCAGUCAGUGGCUGUUCAGAUCUCUGUCAUCGAUGGGCUGACAGUGCCUGUGAUAGAAGUUCUCAAUGACGGCCCUGUCCUCCUGGGUCACCCUUUGGUCCUGAGAUGCCGGGUGCAGAUCAACAUCCCCCGGCCGGGGCUCCGCCUGAGAUACUACUUCCUGAGAAACGGCCAGAGACUGGGGCUCGCCACCUCACGAGACACCUUAACCAUCCCACAAGCCACACUGCAGCACUCUGGGCAGUACCAGUGCAAAGUGGCCGUCCAAGGACUGAGUCUUACCAAAUUGAGCAAUAGUCUUCCAGUGGAGGUUGUGGCAGUUUCAGAGUCAUCUACAGAGCUGUUUUAGACAAGACACCGUGACUCUGCUCAUAUCCUUCCAAAUGCAAUCUGAAAGCAAACAAACCUGUGGAGCUUGUGGCCUUCAAAGAUUUUUGUAACUCUGUAGUAUACACAAGUAAUAAUGUUACAAAUUGUGUCAGUGUAUUCUUAUGUAUACAGAAUUGUCAUCUCAUGUUUUAUAGUAUGAUUUUCUUAUUUUCUCCACAAUUUAGUAGGGCAGCAGUCAUGUCUUAUAAA